CGGCUAGAGAUGCUCUUAUGUUAGACAAACACGUAGUACCUUCAUGAGCAGUAGGUCUUCGGAAGAGUUUUGACGUGGUCCUUAUUCUUUCUUGGGUUUGGCUACGGCACAUCUAAAUACAUCUAGAUAUGGUACGUCUAGAUGUGCUGUUCUUUUUGUAGCUGGGAGGGAUCCAGCUUGGAUCACCACCAACACCAGGUGCACUGGUUUUACAGACUAUUAAGAGAACUUAGCGAUUCCCAAAUUUUAAAAACCUGCUUGUGGAAGACAAAAGUGUACAUCGGCGACUAGCUAGAAGCCUUUCUUCGACGCGGCUGGGCCAAUAAACUGAAUAAAGUAUACCACACCAGUCUCCACGGAACAACGACGGGAGGUAGCAGUACAGCAGACGACUUGCGUGGCACACUCGCGUUAUGUGUGCGCGAGACCGGACUGGUCAAAGGUUUGAGCAAGAGGGGCCUUCCAAGCCAGCCAGCCGCCGGAGAAACUCGCAAGGCCUCCGCCACUUAUAAACGCGGAGGAGGAGCAGCGGCAAGAAACAAACGGCCCGGUGCAGACAGCCACCAAACCAGAGGGGAAGAAAAAAGAGGCCCUCGUUCGCCUAACUCCAUUAGCCCAUAGCCAUGCCUCUCUUGAUAUGCCACCGGCUGCUGCUGCUUCUCCUCCUCUGGGUCGCCGCCUCCCAUGGCGAUUCAUCCGAUGAUGGGGCUUACGACCCCUCCAUGUGCCUGAAUCAAACUUACACAUGCGGGGACGUGAGGAUCAGCUACCCGUUCUAUCUCGUCGGGAAGACAAAAGAUCUCAGGGGCAACGACAACUCCUACUGCGGCUACCCUGGCCUGGGGAUCCUCUGCGACGACAACAAGCCCAUCCUGCAGCUCAACGGCACCGCCAACUACACGGUCAAGGGCAUCGACGGCGCGCUCGCAACCGUCUCUCUAGCCGACCCGAACGUCGACGACGACCUCAACCCCUGCCCGAGACCAAGAAUCGGCCGCAACGUCACUUUUCAAGAGGGAUCGCCGCUGUACUUUCCUGACAGCACGGUCGAUUACCUUAUCUUCUUCAUCGGCUGCAACUUCAACUUUACCUUCUACAAACCGAGUAGCAUCUACCCGAUCAGCUGCCAAAGCUUUGAAGAUGGUCCUGGUCCUGGGCUAUCGUUCGUGCUUCCGGAUGAUGCAGUGCCCGCCGGCAACUGGGUGCAAGCGUGCAACCAAGUCAUACAAUUGCCUGUGCACAAAUACGGCGAGAUCAACUUUACUGACCAUGGAUGGACAAACGGGAGUGGAUAUGCCAAUCUUCUUCGUCAGGAAUUCCAGCUGGGAUGGAACGAGAGCGCAAAGGACCCGGCAUGUAUCCAGUGCGAGGGAUCCAAUUCCAAGGGACAGUGCGGUUACAGUCGGACCGGCGAUUUCAUCGGCUGCUUGUGCCCUGACGGCCUAGUACACUCCGAUAAUACUUGCAGUAAAUCCCGUUCGAACAAGAAAAAGAAUGUCACUAUAGCAGGUGUGGUGGUCGGUGUCGGAGGUGCAUUGCUUGUUGCUGCUGUCAUGGUCUUUCUGUUCAUUCGCAAGAGAAGGCAGAGGAAGGUGGUGAACUCGUCUUCGAAGCUCCUCAAGUACAGGUACAGCGGCUCGGGCGGGACCCCGACGCGCUCCAGGGGCGGCGACAUGGAGUCCGGCAGCUCCCAGGACAUGGGCAACCGGUUCAGCUACGAGGAGCUCGAGGAGGCCACCGAUUCCUUCAACGAGAACAGAGAGCUCGGCGACGGCGGCUUCGGCACCGUCUACAAAGGUUACCUUGGGGACGGGCGGGUGGUGGCGGUGAAGCGGCUGUACAACAACAGCUACCGGCGCGUGGAGCAGUUCGUGAACGAGGCGGCGAUCCUGGCCCGGCUGCGGCACCCGAACCUGGUCAUGUUCUACGGGUGCACCUCCAAGGAGAGCCGCGAGCUGCUCCUGGUCUACGAGUUCGUCCAGAACGGCACGGUGGCCGACCACCUGCACGGGCCCCGCGCGGCGGAGCGCGCCCUGCCGUGGCCGCUCCGGCUCAGCAUCGCCGUGGAGUCCGCGGCGGCGCUGACCUACCUCCACGCCAUCGAGCCGCCCAUCGUGCACCGCGACGUCAAGACCAACAACAUCCUCCUCGACACCGACUUCCACGUCAAGGUCGCCGACUUCGGCCUCUCCCGCCUCUUCCCGCUCGACGCCACCCACGUCUCCACCGCCCCCCAGGGCACCCCAGGGUACGUGGACCCGGAGUACCACCAGUGCUACCAGCUGACGGACAAGAGCGACGUGUACAGCUUCGGCGUGGUGCUGGUGGAGCUCAUCUCGUCCAAGCCCGCCGUGGACAUCACCCGGCAGAGGAACGAGAUCAACCUGGCCGGCAUGGCCAUCAGCAAGAUCCAGAAGUGCCGGCUGGAGGAGCUGGUGGACGUGGAGCUCGGCUACGAGUCGGACCCGGCGGCGAGGAAGAUGAUGACCAUGGUGGCGGAGCUGGCGUUCCGGUGCCUGCAGCAGAACGGCGAGAUGCGCCCGCCGAUCAGGGAGGUGCUGGACGUGCUCAGGGCCAUCCAGGAUGACUGCCUGGGUCACAAAGACGGUGGAGGCAAAGGCAAGAAGGACUUCGCCGAGCCCUUCUCUCCCAACACGGUGCACGCUCCCUGGGACAGCAGGAACACCACCCCUAACACCAGCCAGUAGUAGAUUAGUAGAUCAGUGUUUGCGGCCGGCCGAGUUUUUAUUUUAUCACUAUUGAGAGAUUUGCUUGCCGUGUAUGAGCGAUCCGACGAUUCCUUUUUUUCCCCCUUCCAGCUGAUGUAAAUAUGUGCUUGUUUUUUUAAACUGCCACGGUAGAGACAGUACUGUACAUACUACGUACGUACGCUGGAGUGGUGUGCUGAACUGGUUAUAUGAUGCAUAUGAUUACAUAGGUUUUUACCAUUUGGGAUUCACC